GCAGGUAGAGAUGAUGAUGGCACACCCCCUCCGUGUUUGGAUUUGCCUCUUACAAACACCCGCCAGGGAGAGGGAAAGAGAGGAGGAGGAGGAGGAGAGAGAGUUUGCCCCACAUCUUUACGGCUAAAACUGCCUCCACCGCUGAGACAGUCCGCGAUGGAGCCGUGUGCAGGCAGCAGAGCGCAGCGUUUCCGCGCGUGGAUCCGCACAGGGAAGACGGGUUUGGACGAAAUGCGAACAUAAACCGCGAACGGAGUCUGAAAACAACCGCGCUUCCAGCCUCCAUAUGGAUUCAAACUUCAUAUUAAACUGUUUUUAAAGGAUUUCUUCUCUGAUCCCGCUGUGCCCCAUCCUGCCGGGCUCUCCUAUUGCAUCGCUGCGACGAGUCUGAUCGGGAACUGGUGUCUGUCAUGGGGAUAUGGUGAGGCGAUGUGCACAGGCUUGUGUGAGAAGAGAUGCGCCGCCACCAGUGGAGGAAGAGGAAGGGGGACAGGUGAAGGGCUGGAUCUCUGCUCAUGGCUGUGCGUGUUGCUCUUGUUCUCAACUCUAUGGGGUCAAGCAACCCCGCAGUGCCCAGACAGAUGCCACUGUGCCUGGGACACAGCCACUGUGUUGUGCUCAGACGCAGGACUGCGGGAAGUCCCUGAAGGGAUCCCCCCGGAGACUGUUUCCCUACACCUGGAGCGCAACUACAUCAGGAACAUCCCAGAGAGUGCCUUCAGCCACCUGGUCCACCUGCGGGACCUCUACCUGUCCCACAACCGCAUCGACUCUCUCUCCUCCGGGGCUCUGCGGCAUCUGGGAUCCGACCUGCGCCUGCUGGACCUCUCACAUAACCAGCUGAGGCAGGCCAGCAGGGAGGAAUUUGGGUCCACUCGCGCCAAGAUGCGGCUGUACCACAAUCCCUGGCACUGUGACUGCACCCUACAGGAGCUGAUGGAGACUCUGAACCUGGAGCCCGAGACGGUGAACGGGAUCAUCUGCGAGAGCUCUGUGCGGGGCGUGGGUGAGGGGAGCCGGUGGGAGGACCCGGGAUCACCGGGCGAGCACGCGGGUCAGCCGCUGGUCAAACUGCUGGAUUCCGGCGUGAACUUCUGCAGUCUGCAGAGGAAGACCACAGAUGUAGCCAUGCUGGUGACCAUGUUUGUGUGGUUCUUCAUGGUCAUUGUGUACGUUGUGUACUACGUUCGGCAGAACCAGGCCGAGGCCCGCAGGCAUUUGGAGUACCUGAAGAGUCUACCCAGCCCACGUAAGACCCCUACGGAGACAGACACUCUGAGCACCGGUUUCUAAGCUGGAUGCUGUUCAAUCUCAUUAAUCAGGCGGCAUCUUUACGGAGCGAGACUCUCAAACACUGAGUUACUGUAGGCCGACUGUGCUGGAUGACUGCGCAGAGGAAAUGACCCUUUUACAACCCCUCGAUUAUUCCUUUGGAGUUCUUUUUCUACACAUUUAUUUUCUUAUUGCAUUUUCUUUUUUCAGUUUUAGUACGAAAAAUUAUGUAUUUCUUAACUUGUACUGUCUGCAUUGAGAGAAUAGAAGCAGUUAUAAAAGCGCAGCAGAGGUAAAGAUGAAACAAGACUACGUGUGGAGAAAGAAAUAUUUUGAACUUUCAUUCUGUCUCCCUUUGUAGCCCCUCUUUUCUUCUCCCGCCAUGCCUCAUAUUGUGCUCUUUUAUCUUUCAUUAGGCUCUAAUUAGGAGACGCUGACCAGCUGACCCCUAAUGAACACUUGAAAGGCACUAAUCAGUUAGAGUGUGUUUGUCAGGUGUGCAAAUUCAGAUGUGUGUCCUUUCCUUGCUGCUUGGUUUAUGUGUGUGUGUUUGUGUGUGUGUGUGUGUGUGUGUGUGUGUGUGUGUGUGUUUAGGCAUUGUCACAGCCAGUCUUACUUUGAUAGCCCUGGUUUUACCCUCUGAACUGAUCAUUGCUUUAGUUCAUGUCCAUCGUUGGCCCUUAAGGGUCCAACAGAGUUCAACAAAAGGCUCAAACAUGAAAUGAACACUUCAAUUCAAAACUAAAUCUGAAAUAAUUUAAUGAAUAUGUAGUAUGUUUUGAUAAAUGUGGGAUUUUAUAUACAGACAUAAUUUACAUGUUUUCACUACUUUUUUUAAACUAUCUUAAUACUGUGGGCACAUCAGUUCCACCAGUGGUUACAGAGGUCAUACUAUAUUUGACAAGCCACAGUGAGAGUAAUGAGAAUUUAAUGGUGUACUGCAGGAAAGCAAGCAUGAAUUCAUUUAAUAAAUACUGAAACCGUCAGAUACAAUUUCGACAUAUAAGGACUCCAAAUUCAAACAAACAAGAAAUGUAAUUAAUAAAUAUAUUAAUAAAUUAUUGAAAUAUCUGAAAUAGGUGCAUGGAUAUGGAUACAUGGAUUUAUUCAUUUCCAAUUUUGUUUUAAUAAUGAACAUGUAUAAAUAUUUUUUCAUAUUUAUUCACGUUGGAACUAUUGGUUCCAACAGUUUAAGUCCUCUUAACACAGUGGCUCUAUCAGACUAGACUCUAUUUUUAAAGCCGUAGAGAAAAUAAGCACAUCAUUCAUUAUUAAAAGAACUAUUCAUUUUGUUAAAAUGUCCAAAGCUUGCCUUGUGAAAAUUAAUGAAUUUCUUCUCCAGCUUUCUCCACAUAUUGAGCUAAACCCCACUGGAUUAACAGCCAUGUUUUAAUUGAUUUAUGUUGAGGGUGUUGUAAUCAUAUUUACUGUGCAAAUAACUGUAAUUUCCUCAAAGGGUUUAGGUUAGUGUUAUAUUUAAACAUGAAUGUCUUUCCUCUUCAACAAUAAGAAAUGUAAAAAAAUAACUAUCUCUAUUUGCAAGUAUAUAAACAUGCAUUUAGGGCAAUAACUUCCAAUUUGGUCAGGAAAUUAAUAAUAAAAGCUAAAUUAUCUUCUCCAUUACAAGGUGUCACAACAUCAGGCGUUCUUUACAAUAUUAUCUUUGCCAAAAACGUGUACAAACUGAAAAAAAUCAAUUGACCAAAUCAUAGUGUUUGUUGAUUUUGUCUAUUCUUGACAUUCAAAUAACACAAAUCCUUU